UACCACGAGUGCCGCCGCGUACUAGAGUAUAGAAUAGAUGGGGUCGUCGGAGCGUCACGAUGGCAGCGAGAGCGAGGCGAGGUGGUGUGCGGUGACGGGCGGCCGGGGAUUCAUGGCGAGGCACCUGGUGGCCGCCUUGCUCCGCUCCGGUGAGUGGCGCGUCCGGGUCACUGACCUCGCCUCUACCGUUGUGCUCGGCCCUGGCGAGAUGGAAGGGCUCUUGGGCGAUGCUCUCCGUGAUGGCCGGGCCGUCUAUGCGUCAGUGGAUGUCUGCAACCUAGAGCAGCUUACAAAAGCCUUUGAAGGGGUAGAUGUUGUUUUCCACACAGCCGCUGCGGAUCCUAGCAAAAAUGACUUGCAACUUCACCACAAGGUUAACGUGGAGGGAACGAAGAAUGUAAUUGAUGCUUGCAAGAUAUGCAAGGUGAAAAGACUUAUACACACCAGUUCUAGUGGUGUUGUGUUUGACGGCAUUCAUGGACUUUUUGAUGUAAAUGAGUCAUUGCCAUACCCAGAUAAGUUUCCUGAUGCAUAUGCACAAACAAAGGCAGGGGCAGAGAAGUUAGUCAUCAAGGCCAAUUGCAUUAAUGAUCUUCUAACGUGUUGCUUACGUCCUGGUUCAAUAUUUGGCCCAGGUGACAAAAUAAUACCAUUUUUGGAUCGUCAUGGAUGGACACAUGUUACUAUUGGUGAUGGGAAAAAUUGUGAUGAUUUUGUGUAUGUUGAAAAUGUUGUACAUGGUCAUCUUUGUGCUGAUAAGACUCUUGCUACUAUUGAGGGUGCAAGAACCAGUGGAGGAAAAGCAUAUUUUAUAACUAAUAUGGAGCCAAUGAAUAUGUGGGACUUCACAUAUCUUGUUCAACAAGAACUUGGAUACAAAAGAAUGCCCAAGAUAAGGAUACCUACAGUUUUUAUCAAGCCAGCAAGCUAUGUAAUAGAGUGGGCAUAUAGGUUUGUUUUCUCUAAUUUUGGAAUUCACCAGCCUCAAAUACUAACACCAGCAAGGAUUAGAUACACAACACUCAAUAGAACAUUUAUUUGUAACAAAGCUGUUGAAGAACUUGGCUACAAACCUAUUGUGACACUACAGGAUGGUUUAAAGAAAGCAGUGAAAUUGUAUAUUCAGAUGAGGAAUAAAGAUUUUUCUAAGAGAGAGUAAAGUUGUGAUGUAAGACGACUCUACACAAAAUGUCAUAAGCCAAAGCCAGUGGUGAUGAUAUCUCCAUUAAUAAAAAUCUUGGGUUUGUAUUAUUUAUCAUAUUAAGGAAAGCUAUGUAAUGGACUAUAACACUAGUAGAAAUCUCUACUUUUAUGAUGAAUUUCUUAAUGACGUAUCUGAAACCAUCAUAGAAAAUCACUUUGCAUGAAGAAUUUUUUUUGUUUUGUUAUUGAUAAGCAGUGACGAUCCUGCGACCAUCCAUUUCAAUGACAAAAACAAACAUCAUCACAAAAACCAUCAUAGAAGAGCGUAGGGUUUCGUCAUAGAUCACUCAUCUUUGAUGAUCUCCUUUAAAACUGUGACAAACAGGGUAAACAUCACAUAACUAAUUACACAUCUAUAACAAAUAAUAUUCAAUUUGUAACAAACAGCUUUGUCAUAGAUCUUCACAUGGUACUUUCUCCAUCUGACGUGUACCUGUGGGACUUACACUUACUCA